AUGGAUGUAAUCUUUAUUGAUAAUAAUAAUAAUACAGAAAAAGGCGACAAAAGUGGCUAUAAUUUUAAACAACAAAAUAUCUGCGAGAAAACUGUCACCGAUAGGAUGGGUCACCGAACCGGUGACGAUAUGACUGUCAAAAUAGAUGAACAGUCGACCGUUAACAGUACAGAGACUAACGGUGCGUAUAAGAAAUUGGAUGAAACAAAUGAGGACAAACUUAAGUCAGCGGAAACAAUACCGACACCAUUGCCUACAGCAGCAGCAGCUGUGGGCAUAUUAUCAACGCGUAGACAGACAUCUAUAGGGACAGACUUUGCCUGCAUACUCUUUUAUAUAAUGGUAGCGGUACUGGUGUUUACAAUGAUGACCCGUACCUACACUUCAUACCAUACCGGUUACGGUUAUGGACACAACAGCACUUUGACUGCUAUCCAACCUUUAUUGGCUUAUCUAUGCGUAGGACUUGCCUGUGCUAUCAUUAGAAGUUUACGCAAACAACUUAAAGAUCAACAGAUAUCAGCAUUUGAUGACACUAUUACUGAAUCUGAAGUUGAGAUCAAAGACUAUAAUCUAUUGAAUGGCUAUAAGAUGUUUGAAAAUAACAAUAACAACACUAUUGUUGCCACCAAAGUGUCCUAUAAUGAAGGAUCGGGAGGUUUACUGCCUUACAAGUCGUCGUCAUAUAUUGAAGACUAUGCCGACCAGGAGCUGGUAUUGCCAUCGAUGGCGCCGGAGUCCAGCAAAACAAUCAGUUCUACAGUGCCCUACAAUAUGGAUAAACUGUCGGCACAAUUGGUAAUACCAUCUAUUCCACCGCCGCCUUCAGUAGUAUCACGAAGACAACAACAAAGUACCGAAUCAGACAAACAGCAGACCAAUGAUAAUAAAACAGUUAAUGAUUUGGAAACUAAUCGUUUAAGUCAACUAUCGGCUCAUGACUUGAAGACAAUGGACAUCAAACAAUCAACUAAUGGCAAACAGGUGGUCAACGGUGAACAACAAUCGGAUACAUUGGUAACCACUGAUGACGAUUACAAUGAAUUGCAAUUUGAUUUCAAAAGCUAUAACGAAGAUAACGUCUACAAUAUUAAAGACUAUUAUAAUAAUUGGCUGAAUGAUAGUCUGAGAUAUGAAAGAAAUAAAUAUUAA